GGCGCAGUGAGUCGGCGACGCCGGGACAGCUCUGGUGUGUUGGGGGCGGAACGCUGCUGCCUCUGAGCGCCUAGAAAAAGAAUUCUUGAAGUCACCUGCACCGCCGUCUGCCGGGGAGAAGAUGGUCAACGUGCUGAAAGGAGUGCUUAUAGAGUGUGAUCCUGCCAUGAAGCAGUUCUUGCUGUACUUGGAUGAGUCCAACGCCUUGGGGAAGAAGUUCAUCAUUCAAGACAUUGAUGACACACAUGUCUUUGUCAUUGCGGAACUGGUUAACGUCCUCCAGGAGCGAGUAGGGGAACUGAUGGACCAGAAUGCCUUUUCUCUUACCCAGAAGUGAGAGCGCUAGUGUUGAACACUUGGGAAUCCCAACCACAGACACUUGAGAGAGGCCAGCUCAGUGUCUCAUGGGGUUUAUACUUGUUAUGAGCAUGUGGUGGGAAAGGCUGCAGGGUCAUUCAUUCAGAUGAAAGCCCCUAACUGAUUUGGUUGGACCAUUAAAAAAAAAUCUGUGUACAGAAGAACUUUAGCUGCAAUUUGGCUUUUUAAGUGUUAUUUGUUAUUAAAAUGUAAUCAUAA